UCAAAUUAUUCAAAUCAAUGCAUGGUUCCUCUUAUCUGCAUGCAAUUGUCAGUUUUGUUAUUGGUUAUUCAUGUCGUAAUGAAUUUUAUUUUAUUUCUUAUGUCACUUAAUCAUUUUUUGAAUAUAAUAUGCAUUAAACAAGAAACGUCAAUUGAUCAUUUCCCUUUUUUGGUGUCAAUUCGACGAAAUAUUUUGGAAAUAGAAAACUUGACAGCCGUGCAUACCUGUGCCGGUGUCAUUUUUACUGGAGACGAAAUUUUGACAACUGCAAGUUGUCUACAUGACGUCCAAGGAAAUGCUUUGCUGCGCCCUUACUCAUUUACAAUUACUGCUGGUGUGUCAGACCUCAAAGAAGUAACCAACUUUGAACGAUUUUCAGCCUUGGUGAAAAUUCAUCCCCGUUUUUCGUUAGGCAGUUUGGAAUAUGAUAUUGCGGUUAUCCGGUUGGAUAAACACCUGCCAAUUAAUAACAAAACUAUUGCGAUGGCUAAUCUGGAAACAUCUGAAAUUCAGGAAGGCAAACCAUGUACUAUUGCAGGAUGGGGUGCAACUGCUAUGAAACCAUUUAUCAACCUUCCGGGAAAGCUCUACACGAAUAAAGUACAUAUUAACAAGGAUUGUGCAGGCUUCCUAUUCUUUGAAUAUAAUAUCAGGAUAAAGGAUACUCAGAUAUGUGCUGGAUCAAAUGACCCAAAUGAAGACACAUGCUUUCAAGACACCGGCUCACCAUUAAUAUGUGACAAUCGUAUAGUCGGACUUGCAAAUGUUUAUAAUGAAUGCAAAGUGGGCAAAACAAAAGGAACUGCAUACACGAAAGUAUCUAAAUACACUGACUUUAUAUUCGGAAUUCGAGGUAGUAUUUCCGCGUCUGUAAAGCCAAUCUUGUGGACAUUCAUAAUCAUAAAAAUAUCUGUGUAA